AGAGAGAGAGAGACAGAGAGAGAGAGAGAGAGAUACAUUGCAGCUGCAGAGAGAGAGGUUGGGGCUUAGGAUCAGAGCAGCAGGUCAUGUGUUGGAGCAGCAGAAAUACGACAAGUUGUCAGCUUGGACAGCAGUACAGAGGGCAAGGCAGCAGCUAUACAGCAGUACAGAGGGCAAGACAGCGGCUAUACAGCAGUACAGAGGGCAAGGCAGCAGCUAAACAGCAGUACAGAGGGCAAGGCAGCGGCUAAACAGCAGUACAGAGGGCAAGGCAGCAGCUAAACAGCAGUACAGAGGGCAAGGCAGCAGCUAACAGCAGUACAGAGGGCAAGGCAGCAGCUAAACAGCAGUACAGAGGGCAAGGCAGCGGCUAAACAGCAGUACAGAGGGCAAGACAGCGGCUAUACAGCAGUACAGAGGGCAAGGCAGAGGCUAAACAGCAGUACAGAGGGCUGGUCAGGUGAAACAGAGAAUGGUGUUUGGUCCUGUCUGUUUAAAGGAUACUGUCACUAGUCCUGUUUCUAUGAUGAGCAGCAUGGCCAGCGUGGGGAGGCCCAAAGCAGUGUCUCACGGUGUCGUUGGGAAGGAGAUGGACAGGACAUGGUUGCGUGGCAACGACAGGCUGAAAACAGUGUCUCCAUGCGUCAAAGGAAAACCCAGAGCUGUGUCGCCAGGCAUGAUAGGGGAGCAGAGGGCAGUGUGUCCUUGGAGGCCAGAGUCGAUGUCUCCAGGUGUGCUCCAGAACACCAGCAACUACAGCAGUGUGACCCCAUGCCAGACCACUACUAAGACUCUCCGAGUGACGGACAUCUUGGACUCCAAACCGGAGCCAACCAAGGCCCCUGUCAAGAUCCGGCCCCCUAGCCCACGUCCCCCGUCCCUCAAGGAGCCCAUUUUCAGUCGCAAACUGUCCAGUGACCCUCCCGUCCAGCCUAUCAUAAGACGCAGGACCCAGUCUUUGCCCUCGGUCCGCGAGAGAAUCAGAGACCGCCAGGUACGCUUCGUGGACUCCUUGGGGCUGGAGCUGGAGGAAAUCAAGGUGUUCAGCAAUGGAGAGGAGCCACGGAUUCCAGCCCACGUCUUCUCCAGACUUCUCAUGAGCGCUGAGAUGAACUCAAGGCGGUCCCUGGAGCUUUCCUUGCCUUACUUCAAACCCUGUUUUCCCGAAAACACGGGCUCCCAGCCGGGUUUCGUUAAGCGCCUGGUGGAGCAGGUGGUCUCUCUGGAUCAGGUCCUGUGUUCUGAGCUUGGCAUCAUCGGCACGGUGCAGGUCCUCAACCUGGCCUUCGACAAGGAGGUGACGAUCCACUACUCCUUUACCAACUGGAGGAGCAGUGCUGAGACCAGAGCCUGCUGGGUGGCUACCCUCCACAGGGAUCAGACGGAGGGACCAGAGUCUGAUUUAUUCCGGUUUCGUCUACCCGUCCCGCCCUUCAUCCUGCUGCCUGGAGCACAGCUGGAGUUCGCUGUGUGUUACAGAGUGAUGGGAGCUGAGUACUGGGACAACAACGAUGGGAAAAACUACAAACUAUCCUGUCACAGCUACACACUCACUGUACCUCGGGAGUGUGAGGCCAGCAUGGUGCACUACACCUGACUGGCCACUAGGGGGGGGGGCAACCAGAGCUGUAGAGCGAUAGAGCUCUAUUUCAUAGAGGUCAAUGGGGAAGAAGACAACACAGCUGCACCAAGUGGUUUGACAGUACACAGAUCUGCCUGUAGGAAUAGAAAAUAAAAUUAAACAAGCCAUUCUCCUUAUUAAAAAAAAAAAAAAGAUUAAAGGCAUUUAAAGACAUU